AUGGUCAUCACCCUUUCGCUCUCUGGCAUUCACCCUCCUUCUCCCGUACACCUCUCUUCCGUACCCCCCUUUCGCCCCCACCUGUCGUCCUCUAUUUUACGCCCUUCUGCCCCCUGUCCCCUCUCUGCCUUACGCUCUUAUUCCCCCUCUCCCCACUCUGCUUUACCCCCUUCUUCCAUGUUUCCACCCUCGGUGCUUUACGUCCUGCUUCCCCGAUUCCGCUAUCUGCCCUACCCCCUCUUUCCCUUCUCCCCACCCUCCGUUACCUCUCCUUCCGCCUUUCCACCCACUCUGCCUUACACCCUGCUCCCGCCUUUCCCCUUCCUGCCCAUCUGCGCCUUCAUCUCAGUAUGGAGUGUGGAGCAAAUGUCACAUCAAGGAGGCACGGGCAGUGGCACGGCCAAGCGCAUCCGGACUGGAUGGCCUGCUAGGAAAGAAGGCAAGUCUCGCCUUCCCCACAUAGGACGUGAAGAGGGCGAGUUUCUCCUGAGUGUACUGCUCACUCAGUUGAACCCUCAACGUCUCCAUUGCUCCAUGUCCCACCUCGUUUCCCUCUCCCUCCUAUCCUCUCUCUUCCCCUGCUCCUUCCACUCUCCCCUAUCCUCCCCUCACUUCCACCUCUUUCUUCCCUUCCCCAUCUUUCCUUUUCCUCCACGCCUUCCCCUCCUGCUGCUUCCCGCUUCCCCACUCUCUCCUGCCGCUUUUCUCCGUUGCCUCAAGCAGAUACACCCGUGCAAGGCCGAUGGGAGUGGUGUGGGGGGUGGAAGGCAAGGUGCCGAGCAGCGAGUGCAGAUCCACAUUGGGAAGCAGCAGGCAGCAAGGCAUACCCAGCAGAAAGGGGUAGCAAGGGAGGGACACACCAGGCAGGAGCAGGAGGGGUCGAUGGAACGGUAG